AUGGACACCGCCUCACUCCCUGUCAUUCAGCAGGUAGAAUCUGACAACCAUGGACGGCAAGAUGUGGUAUCCCCUGCCGAGGGUGACACAGUACCGAACCAUACCAGUUCCGAGGCCAAAACACCAAUUGUCCUCGACAUCCAGAAAGAACCUUAUGCCUCCAGCGAUGCUGAGCAACAGAUUAUCGCGUUGGAUAUCGACGAGCCAGGCCCAGGCCAUGGACCAAACAACACUUUCCCUGAAGGUGGCCUUCAGGCUUGGCUUGUCUUGACUGGUGCUUUCCUUGCGCUCUUUGCUUCCUUUGGCUUUAUGGUGUCAAUCGGUACAAUCCAAGAAUACCUUCAAAUGCACCAACUCUCCACCUACACGUCCCGCGACAUCGGCUGGAUUCCUUCAGUCUUUGUGUACCUGGCUCUAGGACUGGGUAUCUGGGUCGGACCUCUCUUUGACCGAUACGGACCACGGUGGAUCGCAUUGUUGGGAAGUACGAGUUACGUGAUCAUGUUGUUUUUGUUGGCAGAGUGUAAAAAGUAUUGGCAGUUUCUACUCUGCCUUGGAUUCCUGGGUGGAAUUGCAGGGGCGACAUUGACUACAACCAGUUUGGCUGUGGUGAGCCACUGGUUUAAGCGGAAAAGAGGGCUCGCGCAUGGCAUAGCAAUGGUGGGAUCGAGCUUCGGCGGCGUCACAAUUCCCCUGAUCCUAAGGACCACGCUUCCUAACUACGGAUAUGCGUGGUCUAUGCGUAUCCUAGGAUUUCUGUUCCUCGGUUGCUUGGUUAUUGCGAAUGUGUUGAUGAAACCACGUUUGCCGCCAUCGCCUGAAGCGCGGAAGCAGGCCAUCAUAUCGCUGGGAUUGUUUGGGGAUUUGAAAUUCACUUUCUUGACGAUCAGCGUCUUUGGGUUCGAAAUUGUUUUGUUUGGUGCCCUAGGCAUACUCCCAACCUACGCGAACUACGGCGACAAGUUUCCCCCCGAUACAGGAUUUUAUAUCAUAUCAGUCCUCAAUGCCUCGUCCUGUUUCGGCCGGAUCAUCCCAGGUUAUGUAUCCGACUACGUGGGCCGCUUCAACACUCUCCUCUUCAUGAUCCUCUUCACCUUGAUCCUCAUGCUCGCGGUCUGGCUCCCGCUAGGCCACACCUCCCUGGUCGCGCUCUACAUCUUCGUCGCGCUCUUCGGCUUCGGCACCGGCUCGUGGAUGGCGCUUACCCCGGCAUGCAUUGGCCAACUCUGCGAGGCGGAUCAGUUUGGACGGUUUUACGGGACGUCCUAUUUCAUCGGCAGUCUUGCGGCCCUCGUCUGUAUUCCCAUUAGCGGGGAGCUGGUCGAGGCCGCCGGUCCAGAGGUUAUGGUGGGGUUCAUGUGUGUCGUUGCUGGCGUGGCGAUGGGCACGUUCAUACUGAGUCGCUGGGCCUGCUUGGGCUGGCGCUGGCGGUGGAUGGCUAAGGUUUGA